AUGGGGACGUACAAAUGGUAAGUUUUAAUGCAUGUCAGCACAGAGUUGCAGGUAUAUGGUAGCAUCCAUUGUGAGCGAGCUGAUCUAUACAUUGACUCUGGCCAGUUACCACCACCAAUUAUUGGCUCCUUACAGAGUUUCCGCAGGCAGUGGAAUAUUGGAAUAUUUCAAGGUAUCAAUAUAAGCACGCUUACCAUCACCUCUUUAGAGCGAAAAACUGAUGAAUAUCCUUGAAGCGAUUGGCCUUACUCUGUUCCAAACCUACGUGGUUGUUAUGCUAUGUCGGUUCGUAUUUCGCUAUUUUCAAAGCACUGCCAAAGAAGCAGCGACUAAAUUAAUGUCGGACAAGAAGUUUUUUGUGAUCCUGGCUUUGGUUUUUGUCGCUACUCUUGCCUUUAACUGCUACUAUUAUAUUACAACGUUUUAUGGCGGGGACGACUGGAAACUUCAAUUUCCUGACAAUGAUACCAAGCUGAAAGAAUAUGUUAUGGCUCACACUCUGUCUGUAACUAAUGGAGUGGGUUGUAAACACCUUAACUGUGUACACUUUAAAAGCGUUGUAACGCAUGCUCUUACACAAAAAUUUCAGCGAGAGUAUUAUUCCAUCGGAUUUUUGUGGCUGGUCUACCCCACCAUUGUGUUUAUCGGGACCUUCUGCACUGUUCAAUGCUACCGUUUCCAGCAAAAUCCAAAGAAUCGGCUGAGCGAGAAGACCAAAAGUAUGUAUUCGGUUCUGAUCUAUGGCCUGGUGAUAGAGCAAGCCGCGGAGUUUGCUUGGUAUGUGGUGCCGUACUUCUCUAUCACUUACUUUGGCCCGUUCAACAAGCGAUUUAUUCUAUUCCUUAUCACAUAUCGCUGGUUCUACGCAUACCCAACGUUUCAAAUGAUCUUUACUUUGGCAUUCUACAAGCGGUAUCGGGCUGCGGCAGUUUCAAUUUGGUCGGAUGUAGGUUUAUACAUCAGAUCUGCGUCUGUUUCGGUGAUGUCGUCAAGUCAUCAUAACGAAAUUACCAAUUGAUGAUACAAGUGAAACAUCCAGAUCUUCUUAAGAUUAUUCCUUGAAACACUUUUUUAGUCUUGCGAAAAGCCUAGUCCUAUUUUUGCAUUCGUAUUUACACUCUUAGAACAAUAUGCACCUGUGCUUUUUUAUCAAGAUUCCGAGCCAUUCUUGACCCUUUUUCAAUGCUGCCGUUCAACGUGACAUUCUACGCAUUUGUAUUUAAUUCCGUCUGAUCGCUUUUUCACGAUUUUUGCUGUCCAUUCCAUCGCAGUAAACCUCUUGAAUUUUAUUUUACUGGUAUUUACUGUCAUAAUUAUGCUUAAACAUUCAUCAGAAACUAUGAGUACAUAUAAAUGGUAAGUGAAAGCAGCCAAACUACAAAACUAUGAGCAAGGUUCGUUUUUUAGGUACAUCUUGCUGUCAGUUGUUUGUGAAUUCUUUUACAUACUUAUCAAUCGCGCUCUAUGAUCAUCAGCAAUUCGAUCCUUACCAUUCAGUGAUUGGCGGUGGGAUUGUUAAUUACUUCAAGGUAGUAAACAUAACACCGUGAGAUGUUUUAGAGCGACAACUUUCUAAACAUCCUCGAAGCCAGCAGCUACACAUUCUUCCAGAACGGGUUUUACAAAAGCAUUGUGUGA